AUGCAUGAGAUAAAACUUAUUUUUGUUUAUUAUUUUGAAACAAAAAUAAAGAUAAAUAAAUAAAUAGAAAAUUAAAUAAAGUAAAUUGUUUGGUGGGUAAGUAAGUUAAUAAAAUAAUAAUAAGUUAAUCAUAAUAAUAAUAUGAGAUCGUUUACAUAAAAAGUUGAAGAAUGUCUCAAACUAUUUGAUAUGUAUGGGCAGAAUGUAUAAUUAAAUUUAAAUAAAAAAUAAAGAUAUAAUACGGUAAUUGGAGGGGUGUUUAGCUUGAUUGUUUUUAUACUGCUAAUUACAGGUUGUUGGUUUUUUGGGAAGGAGUUGAUUUAUAAGUAAAAUCCUUCAGUUGUAAGCUAAGAGAGGUCAGUCGACUGUCCUAAAAGAAUAGAUGUCAAACCUGAUAAUCUAAUUAUCAUGAUGGGAGUAUCUAAUGAUGACAUUUCAUUCAAAACUGAUCCUACGGUUAUGAGUGUAAAGGCAAUCUAAUAAUAAUAGGUUCGUUAUAUAGAUCAAAAUACAGGCUAAUAAGCUAUUAAGUUAGUUAAUUAAAAUAAAAAAAUAAGAUUUUGUAAUGAAAAUGAUAUAGGAAUAUCUGACACUAAAAGCUACUUUAGUUAACUGAAUUACCCUCUUUUGUUUUGUUUUGAUACUUAAGAAGAGUCUGUUUAUUUUGAAGGAGAUUAUAACGAAUAAGAGUUUUCUUAACUAGUUAUUACUUUUGAGAAAUGCUAAAACUCUACUUCAAGUUAAAUUAUUUGUUAGCCAAAAGAAGCUAUAGAUAAAGCUUUAAUGCUCUCUAAACUAGGAGUAUUUAUGUCUGACCAUGUUAUAAAUCCUUUGGAUUUUAAAAAUCCUAUAUCGAAUAGAGGAAUAAGUCUUUAUGCUUCUAUGUCUUCUAGUUUCCCCUAAGAGAUGAGCCUUUAUUUUACAAAUCAAUACAUUGACACUGAUUCAGGGAUAUUUUAUUAGGAACUUGAAUAAAUUAACACAUUUGUUUUCGUGCAACAAACAUUAACACCAUAUUUUGGGGGCCCAAAUACUCUUGCAAACGUUAUAAUUAGGCUUUAAAAGCAAAAAGAAAACUAUAUGAAGAGAACUUAUUUAAAAUUUGCUGAUGUAGUUGCUUAACUAGGAGGUUUACUUAAAAUAUUGGUUUUGAUAGGAUUUUUACUUUCUAAUAGGAUAUCAAAGCUAUAAUAUUUUAAGGCGAUUAUAGAUGAAAUUUAUUAAUUUAAGAGUUCAAGCGACAAAGUAGAUUUAAUACCAAAAGAUCAUUAUAAAAAUAAUUAACUUAAUGAUUAAGUUAUCAAAAAAUAAGACAAAAAUUAAAUUUAAGUUUAAUAAACAUAAUAGUUAAUCACAAAAGAUAAAUAAAAGAAUAAAGACUUUUUAUUAAAUUAAAAUUAAAAAAAUUCAAUAGCGACUUAAUAGUUAAUUCCAAAUUCACCUAAAGAAAAUAGCCAGAAUAACUUCAACUCUUUGAAUAAUAUAAAUUAAUCAGAAAUGAAAAUGCUUUAAUUAGAAUCGAAAAGCCUUGUUGAGAAUAUCAUUAAUAAAACUAAAUAUUAUUUUUAGAGUACCCAUAAUAUUUUGAGAUAUUCAUUUUCUAAUUUUCUUGCAUAUGCCUUUGCAAAUAAAUCAAAGUUAUCUACUUAGAACUUAUUAUUUGAUUAAGGAAUUGAAAAGAUAUAAGAACACUUUGAUAUUCUUUAUAUUUUUAAUAAAUUGUUAGAAAUUGAUAAGCUGAAAUAAAUUUUAUUUAAUUCUGAUCAAUUAAAGCUAUUUGAGUACAUGCCAAAGCCUGUAAUUAGCUAAUAAACAAUUCUAAAUGAAAUAAUUGAGAUGGAAAAAUUUGAAAAUAAAGAGAAUGGCAAUAAUUAAAAUAGCAAUCUAAGUAAUCUAUCACCAAUAAAAAAAAGUUAGGAAAAAAAGAGCAGUAUUUCUAAAUAAUAAAGCAAAAAAACCCCAAUUAAUAAAAAAUAGAAUAAAAAUAGAAAAAUCAAGAGUGAAAGGCAGCUAUCAGAAGAAGCAUUAGAGAGUUUUAAAAAUAUUUUACAUCAAAAUAAAAUAUCUAAAAUUGAUUAAAACUUGAUAAAAAUAAUAGAUCCAAGCAUCAUACAGGAAAUAAGUAAAUCCAAAUAUAACUUUUGUAUAAAUAAUUCUGAAGAAAAUUAAAGUUAGCAGUAAACUCUUGAAAGCAGAUAAAAAGGACUUUAUAGGGGAUUUUAACAACAAGACUAAGUUAUGGAUCCAUAUUUUAAUUAAAUAUAACAAAAUAAUACAAAAGAAAAUAAAGAAAUUUUAAAAAAAGAAACUGAAUACAAAUCAGCAGAUGAUGAAAAUCUAUUUGAAGAUAAUUUUAUUUACUUUGUUGAUCAAGAUGAUUCUUCAUAAUAAGCUAAUAUUUAAUCUCUUUAUCUCAGUACCAUUAAGCAAUCACAAAAAGCAAGCCAAUAAAAAAAGAAAUGA